CAGAAUUGCGCUGCACUUAAACCUCAGACCGGGCCAGCAGGUAACUCGGAGGCAAGAUAGCGGCCUCGGCGCACCUGAGCACAGUUGAGGGACAAUAAAAGUCUGCAGUGCAACGAAGGCUGAAUCGAAGACAGCAGAUCUCAUGGGUGGGGGACAGUCCUCGAACCAAGAAGUUCCUGAUCCCAAACCCGGAGACCUGAUUGAGAUUUUCUGCAAUGGUUACGAGCACUGGGCCGUGUAUGUGGGAGACGGUUAUGUGGUCCAUGUGACUGAUGUUGAUGGUGGGCCUUCAGGAGUGAAUUUCUCCGGGUCUCCAUCGGGCUUGAGAUCCCGAGCUGUGGUUAAGAAGGACCUGCUGUCCAAGGCGGCCGCAGGAUGCCCGUACAAGGUCAAUAACAAAUACGAUGAAGAGAUCGGUGCACGGCCUGUUGAGGAGAUCGUCCGAAGGGCCUUGGCAAGGGUGGAGCAGGAGAGGAACUACAACCUCCUCUAUGAGAACUGCGAGCACUUCGCCACAGAUAUGCGCUACAGAAUUGCCCGCUCUGACCAGGCGGAGUAUCCCUUUCAUGCUUUGGUAGAUAGACUUGGUGUGAGAAACAUCACUGCUGUACGGAGUACUGUGCAGGAAACGGAAAGAGGGGACUCUCAGCCGACUCAAGCUCGGGCCACUGUCCGGCGCUGGGACGUCCCCACCCACCAAUGCCCGCCCCGCACUGUCUCUCGCUGGUCCCGGCACACGGAGCUUUAAUAAAGGCCUGGA